AUGCCCUCCGUACAAGUUUUUUUUGACGCUGGCCACGUCUGUGGCAUCACUGCUUGCAGCCUUCACCUUGCCAGGCGAAUUCUUUCGGGUCAAGAGCCCGGGGAAGCUUUUGUUGUCCUCGGAAUGCCCGGCUCGUACCUAACCGAGGGCAAUGUCUUCUUUGGACACUAUAAGGGCAGGCAGACGAUUGCUUCCGUGCGUCUGAAGAGCUCCCCCCAGGAUCUCCAACACAGAGGCUUUAAUCUGGGAUAUGCGGUGGCCAUGCAUAAACGUCCAUCCUGGCGUCAAAGGCUGUCCGCUCGAUUCAGUAUCCUCGCCUCCAGCCCCAUGUGGAUCGAAAACAACUACAUGGGCAUCGUAAUGGUGCUUACGGAAGCAUUAAAUAUUGAAUCGAUCGACCUCAUUCGUGAUCAGUGGGGACACGUUGGCAGCUUCUUCGGUUACAGGUCGGCUACGGAGAUACUAUCCUCGCGAGUGUCUCCAACGUUGCGUUCUUCUCAUUCGAAGUGGAUUCUGUGCUGUGAAGGCCUACGAGAGUCCGACUAUGACGCGAAUGGAACCCGUAUCAAGGAUGAACCUGAUCAGGUUAUAUACCCAGCUGAUCUUCCACACUCGGUUGCAGUCUCAUGUGGAUCCUGGAGCACGGAAGGCCUGACAAGAACUCCCUUCAGUGCAUUCGGUUGGAGUCUGUCAGCAAAGGCAGAUGUUGACAAUAAUAACACUCCCGAUCUUGUGGUGGGCGAUUUUGAGAGUCAGCAGGUAAGUCUCUUUUCCGAUUCUCGCCGCCUCCAGGGGCAGGCAUACGAUACUCUUUCAGGCCCUCAGUUGACUCGCUUUACUUGCCUCCCAACGUCGAAAAAACGUCUCCAGGUUGUGGACGGCGAUGGCAGUUCUGUGCUUACUGGGGUGGUUGAGGUAACGCUUCCUGGAGCCAGUGACAGUCAACGCCUGCAUCUUUUUGACCUCACUGUGGAACCAAAACUGCGAGAAACUCGGGAACAUCUUUGGAAGGCUGUGGUAGUGAACGCUAGCGUCGAACUGCUGCCUGACAAAAUGCCCUUCAUGGCAACUGCUGAGGCAGGACAGGAAUCUACACCUGCCUGGACGCUGCAUCCCUCGAGGGGCCAAAGAAUCUUCCUCAGUCGUCCCAUGUUCUUCGCAAAUCCAGUCUGCGGGCCGGAUGCCGUUUGCGUACCGCAGCUGGAUAUUGAAGUCUACGACUCGUCGAUAGCCCACGAGAAUCCUUCUACAAUAUACUAUCGGGAGCGUGUGGCCGAACGCAAUCUUACGGUCGCGGUCAGAAAUCUAGGUGAAAAUGCCUACGACGCAAAGCUUCGUCUCAAAGUGCCUCGGCAAUUUGGUUACGUUGCAGGCAACAGUUUGGGGUGCAAAGUUGAGGGUGACGGAACCGAGGAGGACCCCAAUUCAACGGUCACUACGGUCCUCUGCAAUCUACCCAAUCCUUUUACCUUUGCUAAUUCGCAAUGGGACAAGUUUGUCUUCCAGCUGAGUACCUCGGGAGAGGAGCCAGUCUGGCAACCACCCGAAUCCCUGACCGUCACUGCUGAAAUAACCAGCGACAAUGAGAACCUCGGCGAGGACGAGGAGGUGAAGGCACAUUUCACGUACAACCUUGAGUUGUUCGCUAACGUGGAGAUCUCCUCAUCCUCUGUUGACCGCACGAUCAUUGAUACGCGCAAUUUCUCCUCGCAAUUCAUUGAACGUCAACGGGUACAUCCGGAGAGUCUGGGACCCGAGGUGAAACACAUUUUCCUCAUCUCCAACAGCGGACCCUCACCGAUGGAGAAUAUUUGGGUCAACCUCAGUGUACCGAUACAGACACAGGGUGGUGAUUUUCUCGUGUAUCUGCUUGACGUCAUCCGAUCCGUCAGCCCCAGUGGGGGGCCACCUCUGAGAAUCCCCGUUCUUCCCGAGUUUGGAGUGAACAUGCUGCGUCUGAAUGCCGUGGACAGGAGCCCGGCCAAUAGCGGCUUCCAUUACGGGAAGACCGGCCGAUCAAAGCGUGAUACGCAGGCCACGCGUGAGUCCCACAACCGUGUCUUUCUUCCUGAGUACGUCGAGGAGGAUGUUCGCGACACUGACCAAUCACAAUUGCCUGCCAGGGCCGCAGCUGGUCCGAGCCUCGGCCCAGACAGAGGUCGUCAACUGAACGUUAUCGAAUGCAACAGACCCCUUGCCGGACUAGGGGUACCCGUAUGUGUCGAGAUACCCUGCCGCAUCGACAAACUCGGUAGGGGCGACGCCGUGCGAAUCGUUAUGCGCGGUUGGGUGUGGGCGGACACUCUUUUCCGGCACAAAUUCUCCGAUGUGGCGGUUGUGACCACAGCCACACCAGUACUGCCCUCACAAGCCUUUGGGUUGCCUGUGUCCGGCAAUUUCUCCAUCGCACCACUCUCCAUCUCUCAGAACCUUGUGUUUGAAGGCAUCAAACGUCUCAUUACACAACCCUUCCCCCUAAUACCUGUGAUUAUCGGCGUGGUGUUAGGCUUGCUUCUUCUCAUCUUUAUCGCCAUUCUCAUGUGGUGGUGUGGUUUCUUCAAACGUGCCAAGAAACCCGGUGCUGAUAUGGAAGAUGAGACCAUCCAGAAACCUGCACAGCUGUGA